AUGUCUGCAGUGGCUGAGGAUGAGGCCAAACUUCGUCUUAGAAAGGUUCUUUUGGGACAUUUAGAGAGUUUGCCGCCAUUAAGCUCCAGAAUUGUUAGAAUUUUUACAAGUUCUACAUUUACCGAUACAACACUAGAAAGAAAUAGUUUGAUGGAAAAAGUUUAUCCGAUGUUAAAAGAAUAUUGUAGAGAGCGCCACGGCUUAGAGUUUCAGGUUGUUGAUAUGAGAUGGGGAGUACGAGAUGAAGCUACUGAUGAUCAUAUGACCGUACAGCUGUGUAUGCAGGAGAUAGAUAACUGUCAAAGACUUUCUGUCGGUCCUAAUUUUGUUGUUUUCCUGGGUCAGAAAUAUGGUUACAGACCACUACCAACUCAUGUCCUAGUUAGAGAGUUUGAGAUGUUAAGAGAGUGUGCUAGGAAUGUACCAUCAGAAUUAGAGUUAUUAGAUGAAUGGUAUAAACGAGACAAUAAUUCUGUCCCACCAGUUUACGUGAUACAACCUAUCAGCUCAAUAUUACCCAACUUUAACAAUAAGAGAUCUCAGAGGUUACAAGAAAUAGACCAGGCUCAAUGGUGGGAAACAUUUGGUAAACUUCAGAGAAUCAUCAGAAAAUCAGCACAAGUUCUCUUUAUAACUAAAAGAAUUGACAGAGAACAACUGCAUAACUAUUUCAUGUCAGUGACUGAACGAGAAAUAGUUAGAGGAUGCUUAAAAGCACCAAACGCAGAUGAACAUUGCUUGGCUUAUAUCCGAGAUAUUUCUAAUAUAAACGUCACACUCCUACGAUUAGCUGGGAAGUUCGUUGAUUUGGCUGCUAGAAAUUUGGAUGGGGAGGCUCAGAAGUUUCUGAAAUCGUUACGAGAUGAUAAAAUACCAAGGAAACUGCCAGCUAGCAAUGUUGCAAGAUUUACUGUGGAAUGGUGCGGGAAAGACGGAAUCGAUCCUGAAUCUCACGGAGAAUAUUUCAACCAAUUUUGUGAUCAUUUCUACCACAAUGUAGUGCGACUUAUAGACAAUUCUAUGGCGAAACAUGAGAAACUGGCCAAUGACCCGGUGUACUCUGAACCAUUACAGCACCUUCAUGCCUGUCAACAGUUCUGUAAAGUGUUCCAGGGCCGAGAAGAGGUUGUGGAGAAGAUUAAAGAUUAUAUCAAUGGAAGCAAUCAGUCUAACCAACCAUUCAUUCUGUACGGGGAAAGUGGCUGUGGAAAAACAUCUCUCAUGGCAAAGGGAGCCAGUCAGGUAAGAGACUGGUUUCCUGAUAUUAAAGUAGAACCUAUGGUGAUUAUACGAUUCCUUGGAACCACACCAAGAAGUUCCAGCAUCAACCCGCUUUUGACUAGCUUAUGUAAACAACUAUCAGCAAUGUACAGCAAUAACAGCAAUGAUAUACCAACAGAGCUGGCUCCAUUAACACAACACUUUAAGAAGUUGCUGACUCUGGUAGGAGAGGACAUGCCACUGGUUAUUUUCUUGGACUCUUUAGAUCAGCUGUCUGGUACGGACGGUGCUCAUCAGCUGACAUGGAUUCCAACAACGCUUCCACGAAACACACGGCUGAUUUUAUCGACACUCCCAAAUUAUUUUAACAUUCUAAACAAUUUAAGAGCCAUGAUUGAGGAAGAGAAAAACUACGUUGAAGUUUUGCCUUUAGGAGAAAAUCUAAGUAGUACCAUCCUGAAGCUCUGGCUGAAAGAUGCCAAGCGCAACGUAUCUGAAGAGCAAUGGGUCGUCGUGAAUGAAGCCAUAUCCAAGUGCAACCUCCCGCUGUUUGUAAAGUUAGUGUUUGAUGAAAUCUGUAAAUGGAAGUCUUAUACGAUGCCCAAUAUGACACCACUGUCAUUUACCAUUCAUGACAGCAUCAUGGAGCUUUUUAAAAGAAUUGAAUCCAAACACGGGAAAACCCUAGUGUCGCAUGCUCUUGGAUAUAUCACUGCUACCAAGAGUGGAGUUUCCGAAGCAGAAUUGGAAGAUUUACUGUCUUUGGAUGAUAAGGUUCUGAAUGAUGUGUACCAGUACCACUUACCACCAGUCCGUCGGAUUCCAUCUUUGCUAUGGACGAGAAUUCGCAAUGAUCUUCCUGGCUAUCUCAGUGAAAAAGAAGCGGACGGCGUAAAUGUCAUUGGUUGGUAUCAUCGUCAAUUUAUUGACGCAGCCAAAGAGCGAUAUUUCAAGAAUCUGAAUUUUGUACGAGAUAUGCAUUCGAAUCUUUCAGAUUACUUUUUGGGUACGUGGGGAGGCGGUAUCCCCAAACCAUUUGAAUACACAGAGCUCCACAGACAGAGGUUCAAUUUGCAUGAAAAAACUGGAGAAGGAGAUCGGAAGGUACCUCAACAACCACUAAAAUUUGUUGAUAAGGAUGGUAGAGUUAUACGACAUAAUCUUCGUAAACUCAGUGAGCUUCCGUACCACCUACCUCGAUCACAUCGACAUGAUGAGCUCUAUGAUCAGGUGUUAUUCAACUAUAAAUGGUUACACGCUAAAUUAAGCUCCAUGCCACUUCAAAGCGUACUGUGGGACUUUCAAGAUUUACUGCAAGGCAAGUAUGAUAAUGACGUUAAGCUUAUUGCUGACACUAUCCGUUUAUCAAGUUCAAUUCUUAUUCAUCAUCCCAACAUGUUGGGUCCACAACUUAUAGGACGACUGCUUCCAUUUUACGGACAGAAUCCUAAGAUUCAGGCUUUGAUUGAGCAAUGCGAUACCGACGGUUUAGCAGACUGCGGUCUUGUACCAGCGUAUCACUGUCUUCAUACACCCAGUGGGCCAUUACAGUUUUCUCUUGAAGGUCAUCCAUUUGCUCCAUUUGGGAUCGGUACAACUUCAGACGGUAAAUUCCUCGUGUCAGUGUCUAACAAAAUUAUAAUUUGGGACUUUCAUACCGGAGAGAUUAUAAGAAACAUCAACCCAGGAGUAGAGGGUAUCAUGCAGAACCUUAAUAUUUCUCCUAAUGAUAAAUAUUCCGUUAGUAACACUAAUAAUAACCAUAUAGUAGUCUGUGCCAUCAAGACGGGCGAAUACAAAGUCAUAACCGCUAGCAAGCUCGAGAAGAAUGAAUUUAUCAUAGGAACUUAUUUGUCCAAUACUCAAAUAGCAGUAUGUACAGACAAAGCCUGGUAUUUGUAUAUGAUGGACGGAACUUUCAUAUCAAUGAACACUUCAGAACAGAAAAUGCCAGUUUUGCAUGUUGAUUUGUGCUCCAAUGAUGCAAAUUACGUCAUUGUAAAUAGUGGUAAGGAAGACACCACUGAUUUAGCUUUGGAAUCAGACAACAACUCUUUCAGUGCUUUUGAAUUUCAUAGUGCGAUAGUGCUUACUAAAGACAAACAAAUGUUGUAUACGUGUAUAGAGAUUAGUGACAAUUCUAUAGUGCUUUAUCAGCGGACAGACAAAACUUGGAAAUACGUUAAGACUAUAUCGGAUAAUAAGGACAGUGUGUUUGCUCUUGCACUGUCAAGGGAUGAAAAGUAUCUUAUUGCCACUGUGGCUUCUGGAUUCAAAUUGUGGGACUUACGGAUUAUGACAAGACGAGAUUUAAAACUUCCUCCAGGGGCCAGAAAUAUUCCGUCGAAAAAUCAACUAACAAGUCAAGUGGUGUUCACACGAUUAAACGAAUUCGUAGUAUCAACUGUGCGCAAGAAUAUUUAUGUAUGGGACGCAAAACAGGGCAACUUAGUCAAAAUAUUAGACGCACAUUUUGGACGUAUCAUUUCAUUAUCGCCAGUCUUUUCUGGGUGUAAUAUAAUCAUAUCUUCGUCUAUCGAUAAGACAAUAAAAGUCUGGAACUUUGAUAAAAUUCUUGAAGAUGUUCACCCAAUUGACAGAUUAGAGAAACCUAUUGAAACACUGGAACUUGCCUCCAAAGCGGACCUGUGUGUAAGCACCACUAGAAAUAUGGUGGCAGUGUGGAGCUUGUUGACUGGACGACUAGAAAAAACAUACACGUGCCACUCAAGAGGUGCUGUUAUAACAUAUGCUGUAAUUACCCAAGACGGGAAGUUCGUUAUUUCUGUUGAGUCUGGUAUCGCUGUUCUUUGGGAACUUUCGAGAGAUACGGCAUUAACGUCUUUUCCUGUUGGAGAUGUACAACAUGUAUUGAAAAUGGAUGACGAUAAAAAGAUCUUAACAUUUUCUAAACCACCGUCUGGGAAAGGUACAUGUGUCUGUUUUGAAAUACCAAGUGUGGGGGUGUUAUAUAAGUUUGAAUAUAAUGUAAAGAAAUUUCGGCCACCUGUUUUGUCCCAGGACGAAGUACACCUUGUGGUUCCGGCUAGUGAUAAAAGUGGUGAUGUUGUGGGGGUAUAUAACGCUUUGACUGGUACAUUGGUAUAUAACUUACAACUAAAAUAUAGCAACUUCACAGACUAUAGCCAUGUGAUUGCUCUACCACAUGACUCUAAUCUGAUCGCUGUUAUAGACUCAGAUAAAGCCAACAUUUUAGAUUUGAAAAAGAAGACGCUGAUUAGAUCAGUCAGUAAAUGGAAUGGAGUGGUAACUCAGAAUGGUAAAAUGGGAUUUAAUGCACCAAGUCGCGGUGGUUUACAGCUCAUCGAUACUAAACAUGGGAAACCAAUUCGAACCCUUAUACCAAGAGUUGCAGAAGGAGUGUUCUCCAUGGACGUGCUCUUCACCAAGGACGACAAAUACAUACUGUAUUACCAUUCCGGACACAGGACGAUUAGGGUCUUCAGGAUCAGUGAUGGGAAACUUAUUGCUAACUUCAAACCGCAAGCUGAAGUUAAAGUAAUCAAAGGAAGCAGUGAUGGAACUAAAGUAGCAAUUGGUACAGUUGAUGGUCUUGUAACGUACAUGGUUCUAGCCGAUCCUGACGACGGGGGUAGCAGAGAUCUCAUCAAAUCCUUGUACAGUCGACAAUUACAUGCAAAAAAUACCAAUUCAAAGUUUAAUGCUAAUGGCGAAGUCAUAAACAGUAAAGUUGCCAUGGGAACUGCACUUCAAGUUGCGCGGUUUGUAGCAAAGGCGCGGGGGGCUCAGAAAUCACAGGCGUGUGUAAUUUCGUAA